AUGUCUUUGAAAGUAUUUAAGCAUUUACAAAUUUAUGAUCGUGCUCAAGCUGCUCGUGUAUGUCAGCAUUGGUAUAGAGUGUAUCAAGUACCUCAAUUAUGGCAAUCGUUUGAAUUCAUCAUCAGUCAACCGCAAAGAUCAUCCCUUCAACCAACAUCACCGGCUUUAAUUCAGUACAUUCUUAAUCAACAUGCCAAGCAUCUCCGUUUUGUAACAUUCAAAGUAGACAGUAGCCAAGAAUCUGCAGAAAUGGCGUGCCGUAUUUUGGCACAGUUAGUUGAUUGUUCUCUUAAGACACUAGGUCUCAUAUCUUCAGCCAAACCAUCAUUUAUGAAACUUGAUCCCGACCGAUUCGUGUCUGCAUUAACUCUUGUAAUUGAUAAAUGUCAUUCGCUUUCUUCACUCGCCAUUGAAGAAACACCGGUUGAUGAUCCAUCAUUACAACUUUUGGCUACUAAUAGUUGCAAUUCUUUGGAACUUUUGUGGAUGAAAAGUUGUCCCAAUGUAUCUGCUAAAGGUAUUCAGGCGGUUGCUGAUCAUUGUCACCAAUUAUGUGAAUUAACUCUUAAUUAUUCUUUGUUGAGCGACGAUUUAUUAUUAGCUCUGUCUUCUGAAGAGCAUGCACGUCUUAAAUUUAUGAGAGUUGAUGUAUCUUCAGAUGAUUUACAGGCUAUUGCAGUUCAUCAUGUUUCAUCUGAAAGUUGGCAGGCUCUAGUGAAGCACUCACCAAUGGCAAAACAUUGCCCAUGUUUGAUGGAACUUGUUAUUGGAUCAAAUGGAAAUUCCAUUAUUGACCAAGAAAUUUUGUCUGUGGCACGUGGUUGUCCCAAACUUGCAUCUUUGGGUUUAGGAAUGUGUGAGAUAUCAUGUUCGGCAAUACUUGAACUAGUUAAAAUCUGUGGAACUCGUCUAAAGAAACUGUAUGUCCUUGAAGAAUCCAUGAUUGAAGACGAACAACAUGAUAUUGCCAAAACCUGUUUUGAAGUAUCUCAUAUUAUCGGAUAUGAAUGGUGUCCUGAUGUAAUGCCUGUUUGGUAG